AUGCAGUUCUCCGCCAUGAAGCGCCUCCAGGUCCUGGCCGUUCUCUUCCAGGCCGCCCUACUCACAUCAGCCCUCCCCAUCGAGAACCGUGGUGCAGCAAUCCACUCCGGCAAGCGACUUAUCCUCUGGGACUACACCCUGACCCAGGCCUACGCAUCCAACGGCAACAUCCAGGCCUCCGCUGCCUCCCUCAGCUCCUCUCCUGGUGUCGUCGCCGCAGUCAACUGGAACACAUGGAAGCCCGAGGAGCUCCCUUCAGAUGUCCCCUUCCAGCCCAUGAUCCGCACACCCGCACAGCUCUCAGGCGACGACUGGAAGAACCUGCUCUCGGUCGUCCAGGCCGGCGGUUCCAACACCGUUGUGCACUUCUACAACGAGCCUGACCUGAACGGUGUCAAUGCCGCCGACGCUGCCGCCGCGUUCAAGGCCAACGUCCUCCCCCUGCGUGCUCAGUACGGUGUCAAGCUGGUCGGCCCCGCCGUCGCCAGCAACGACGCUGGCUCUGCCUGGCUCUCGCAGUUCUACUCCGCCCUCUCCGCCGACGAGAAGCCCGACUUCCUUGGCGUCCACUUCUACACCGGCGCCGACACGGCCGCCGACACCGAGGUCGAGAAUGCUAAGAAGUACAUCUCCGACAAGCACGGCGAAUAUGGUCUGCCCGUCAUCGUCUCCGAGAUCGGCAGCACCAGCCGCGACUCGACCAGCGUUGACACCUUCACCAAGGGCAUCUCAUCAUGGCUCGACUCCCAGGACUUUGUCGACUCAUACGGCUUCUUCGGCGCCACCACCCAGCCCGUCGACGGCUUCGUCAGCCCCGCUGCUCAGCUGCUCGACACCAGCGGAGCCUGGACGGCGCUGGGCCGCUGGUUUGUCGACGAGUAG